GCUUAAGUCUUACCUCUCUCCUCUGUGCCCACAGUAUGAUGCUGUUCCCAUUCAGUCCAGCGUGGUGUUAUGUGCCUGUCCGUCCCCAUCAAUGGUGAGGGCCCAGACCGAGUCUGGCGCAGCCUCUGGCAUUUCCAGCAGUGUCAGCAGGCAGGGAUCUACCAUGGAUGGUACCACAGCUGAGUCCCGGCCAAAUACCAACCCCCUGCAGCACGCUGCCCAGCCGCCUCCACAGCCUCGUAAGAAACGGCCUGAAGACUUCAAGUUUGGGAAAAUUCUUGGCGAGGGCUCUUUUUCAACCGUUGUCCUGGCUCGAGAACUGGCUACCUCUAGGGAAUAUGCCAUUAAAAUUCUAGAGAAACGUCAUAUUAUAAAAGAGAACAAGGUCCCAUACGUAACCAGAGAGCGAGAUGUGAUGUCACGCCUGGAUCACCCCUUCUUUGUUAAGCUUUACUUCACAUUUCAGGACGAUGAAAAGUUGUAUUUUGGCCUUAGUUAUGCCAAAAAUGGAGAACUGCUUAAAUACAUCCGCAAAAUUGGUUCAUUUGAUGAGACCUGUACCCGAUUUUACACAGCUGAGAUUGUAUCGGCUCUAGAGUAUUUGCACGGCAAGGGCAUCAUUCACAGGGACCUUAAACCAGAAAACAUUUUGUUAAAUGAAGAUAUGCACAUCCAGAUCACAGAUUUUGGAACAGCGAAAGUAUUAUCUCCAGAGAGCAAACAAGCUAGGGCCAACUCAUUUGUAGGAACAGCGCAGUAUGUUUCUCCAGAGCUGCUCACAGAGAAGUCGGCCUGUAAGAGUUCAGACCUUUGGGCUCUUGGAUGCAUAAUAUACCAACUUGUGGCAGGACUUCCACCUUUCCGAGCCGGAAAUGAAUAUCUUAUAUUUCAGAAGAUCAUUAAAUUGGAAUAUGACUUCCCAGAAAAAUUCUUCCCUAAGGCAAGAGACCUUGUGGAAAAACUCUUGUACGACAACCUUCUGAGCCAGUUUGGCUGCAUGCAAGUGUCCUCCUCCUCCUCCUCCUCCUCCCACUCCCUGUCUGCGGUGGACACAAGCCUGCCCCACAGGUCGGGCAGCAACAUAGAGCAGUACAUCCACGGUCUGGACACUAACUCUUUUGAACUGGACUUACAGUUUUCUGAAGAUGAGAAGAAGUUACUAUUGGAGAAGCAGGCCUGUGGAAAUCCUUGGCACCAGUUUGUAGAAAAUAAUCUAAUACUAAAAAUGGGUCCGGUAGAUAAGCGAAAGGGUUUAUUUGCACGGAGACGGCAGUUGUUGCUCACAGAAGGACCACAUUUAUAUUAUGUUGAUCCUGUCAACAAAGUCCUGAAAGGUGAAAUUCCAUGGUCACAAGAACUCCGACCAGAGGCCAAGAAUUUUAAAACUUUCUUUGUCCACACGCCCAACAGGACGUACUACUUGAUGGAUCCAAGUGGGAACGCUCACAAGUGGUGCAGGAAGAUCCAGGAGGUUUGGAGGCAGCGAUACCAGAGCCACCCGGAUGCCUCUGUGCAGUGACAGGUCCUGCGGCCGGGCUGCCCUUCGCUGCCAGGACACCUCUCUUGGCGCGGCUCGGCCGCCACCAGGACGCUUCCAGACCACCUGCUGCCGGCCACCUCAAAGAACGCAGAUGGCGGGAACCUUGCAGCUUUUUUAUUUAAAAGAAAAGAAGAAAAAAAAACACCCAACUACACAAAGAACAAAACCAAUAGCAAACAGGAAUUCAGGGUUGCUUUGCUUGCUCUCCGUGCUCUGUGGAGGCUUCCACAUGCUGUUGUGCCCGUGGAGACCCAGCUCCUGCCCAGACCAGUGGCCACCUUCGGCAUCACCAGCCCCUCCUAGCAUCCAGGGGAACUUUGUGCCCGCUACCACUCCUCCCACCUGCCCCAGCUUCUGCUGCGGCUGAGGGGCUGGGUGUGUUUUGGCUCUUUGUGCCCACCCUCAUUGUCACAGAGCCCUUCACCAGGGAGCCUCUACACCCCUUUGCUGGGCUGAGCUGCCACCAGCUGGCUGUGGGCACCAGGGUCUCGGCUCUGGGUGCACACUGCCUUCCUUGAGUCUGUCGUGCCCGACCCUGGACGUGUGGCUGGCCCUCCGUGCCUCUAGCAGGCCUCGUUGCCUGUGAUGUCUGUGCUCCCUGCUCUGGAGGCGACAUGCAGAGCAGGCAGUUACGGUUGCGGGGAGCCCCGCCAGGUUCCACUUCUGCAGCCCACCUCCUAGCAGUGUCCAUCAGUGCAGUGGACACCAUGCCAAACGUAUGUCCAAGGGGAAUGCCAUCAGCCAAGGAACGGUUAGCGCCCAGCUGGAUCACUGCACCUGGGCCAGGCCAGGAGGCCCCCUGGAGGCACCAGCCAGAACAGCUUAGGCUGUCGGCCUCCAGGGGGGAAGUAGAGCCACAGACCCUCCUGAGAGUCUUGGAAAGAUUUCAGUGUGCCGGCUGCUGCCGCACAAGGAGGGUCUGAGAGAACCCUGGGAGCAGCGGUCUCAGGCUCUGUCAGUUUCUGGCCCAUCCUCACAUGCCCCGUUUGUAUUAUGGGUAAACACUUCUCAGCUAGCUCAGCUUUUGUGUCUCUACAUUGAAAAUUUAAAAGCCUAUUUGGUCCAUAAAGAGUGGAUUUCUACCAAAAAAUGUUAUUCACCGAUGCCCAGGCCAUGAGAACAGCCCACUUAAACCCAACUCCUGGGCCUCCUUGUCUGUCCCCUGCCAUUCCAGGGCGCUGCUGUGGAUGCCCCGCGGUGGUGCUCUGCUCUGCAGUGGGGAUGGCCUGGCACACACCAGCCUGGCUCCCUUCGCUGCUCAGGCAGAGCGCCCCUGAGAGGCUCCUCCAUGCCUCUCUGCCCAAGCCCUCCCUGGUGGGGACGCUCUGGGAAGGAGAGGAACAGACAGUCUGCUUGCAGGUACACCUCGGACUCCCUGUCCCUGGGGCAGGCACACUUCCGUUCCUGUAGACUCACAGAGGCCCCAGUAAAUGGCUUCCGCAGAAAAGCCCCUGCCCCUCCCGUGCCCGCUGACCGCCUGUGUGC